AGCGCCGGAUCUCAUCGCCAACAUGCCCGUUCAAACUAGGAGAAGAGCGGCUAUGCAAGAUACGCCUGUAAAAGGGGGUGCGAGUGUCACAAAGAAGUCAAGUGCGAAAUCAAGCCCCGCGCAGAAGCUGCCAGUGAGAGAGAAGGAAGAGGAAGGAGCGUCUACACCAACCAAGGGCACUCUCAAAGUUUUUGACGACGAGGAUGAAGAUGAAGCAAAUGCUCCUCUUGGGUCAUCAUUAAAUCGAGCUGCCGAAACAGCGGAGGCAGUUGAGGGCCAGGAAGAGGAGGAGGAGGUGGAUAGCGAUGAUGAAGCUCCCGAAGCUGUGUCUACGACCAAGGUGGCUGAAGAGAUCAAGAAAUCCGCACAAGUUGCUCAACAGGCAGCCAAAGAACAAGCUGCUACACAGAAGCGCAAGCGUCAACUGCGCGAUGAGCUCCUCAAGAAACAAGCCGAGGAGCGAAAGAAGGCUGAUGAGGCCAAGGAAGAGGUGUCCGCCACCAAGUCACAAAGCAGAAAGUCUGAAGCCAGCAGCGGAAGGAAGCGAGUGCAGAAGUCUGACAUCCCAGCCGUUCUCCCCGCCGAGUUCCUGGAAGAUUCUUCAAGCGAAGAUGAGGAUGAAGAUGCUGCCGAUGCUGCUUCAGGGCCAAAGAGACGAAAGGUUUCCGGAGUCGAAAAGAGGCUUACACGCCUAGAUGCCGGGCCCAAGGAUGAAGUGGUGAACUCUACAGUGUACCGAGUUGCCAAGAAGACGGACGAACGAAUGGCGCCAAAACUCAAGAAGCAUACCAGGUCUUCCAAGGAUUUGCUCUUGAAGCGAAACCGGCCUGCUGCUAAAUCUGGAACCGGAUUUUUCAAGAAAUGAGGUUUCGAGGUGGUGCUUUUUGUUAGCUGCAUGUGGUGAUACCCAGAACAUCACAACGUUCAUAAUUAAUCAGCUCUUCUCAUAUACGCGGGACAUUUGUCUAGCAGCACACUACCACGUGUCGGCACAUUCUGCGUUGCUGAGGCUCUAGCCUGUUGUUGGGGGUGUUCAGAUCCAGAGCGUCGCUUCCGUGGACAGAUGAAAGCUGGCGUGUACCAUUGGAUAAUCCCAAAGCUCUUCUGUCGAGCAUAGACAUAUUUAUUAACGGCAUAAAAAAAUUGGUAUCAAACUGGGUAUGUGGGAGUUUUAUUCUAGGCGGAUCUACAGCAUUUGAUGUCAAGGACAGAAAGACAACAACGAGGUGAAUAGGAAUCAUCUAAAAAGUACUCGAGUAGCUGAUACAUUCUACGAAAGCUCUUGAAUGAAUAGAAUUAUAAUUUACAUCAUUUUGUUUCAA